AUACCUACCUUUCAAUAUUGUAUUCACCGAUGCCUCAUUUGUUGGAUUAUUUAGCUUCAAUCGAAUACAAAAUUUAGCUAGAUAGCGUUAGUGAACGAUAGUCUGCACAUUCAUUAAGCACCCUGGCCUGUGAAAACUUCAAACAUGGAAUUGGAUUGGGUUUACUUGCUACCAUUUACAGUUUUAUUGGUUGUGUGUGGCUACCUGCUGACAAGAAAUGAAGAUGACUACUAUCGAAAAAUUUCAAUCUCUUCUAUACCAUUGGGAUUUUUUUCUCCGAUCUUCCUGUCGUUUCUAUUUAGGAGAAUUUCAUCUUCGGAUUUCAUUAAAACUAUUUACGACAGAUACGCCACUGACAGGGUUGUUGGAAUGUCUGAUUCACAGGGACGAGUUUUUAUGCUGUUGGAUCCAGAGUUGAUAAAAACGGUCGCGAUUAAAAACUUCGAUCAUUUCACGGAUCGACGACCAUCAUUUUGGAAUGCGAAUGCAAAGAAUCCUAAAACUGUCAUGAAUCGGACGCUAUUUACGUUGGCUGGAGAUAAUUGGCGGAACAUGAGAGCCACCUUGAGUCCGGCAUUCACUGGCAGCAAAAUGCGGUUGAUGUUCCAACUGGUGCUCGAGUGUUGCGAGACUAUGGUCAGACAUUAUCGGGAAAAACUCAACAGCUUGGAUUCCAGGGAAUUUGAAAUGAAAGAUAUCUUUUCCCGGUUUAGCAAUGAUGUCAUAGCUACAUGUGCGUUUGGGAUAAAGGUAGAUUCACUGAAAUAUCCGCAUAACGACUUCUACAUCAAUGGCAAGAAGAUAACACAUUUCCAAAGAUUAAGUGUAUUGUUGCGAUUAGUUGCAAUUUCAAGUUUUCCAAAAAUAACAGAUAUAUUGGGUGUGGAAAUUGUCGAUCGAGCACAAUUAAAGUACAUUUCCGAGUUGAUCAUGAAUGCUGUAGAAACCAAAACGGCGAAGAACAUUGAUCGGCCCGACAUGAUACAUUUGCUUAUAGAAGCUCGAAAAGGCAUAUUAAAAAACCAACAAGAUAGUGAAUAUAAUGAUGGAUUUGCCGUCGUUCAAGAGUCUGAUGUUGGACAAAUACAAAAUAGUUUCAAAAUGACGGACUUGGACAUGGUUGCUCAGUGUCUUAUAUUUUUAUUCGCUGGGUUUGAUACUGUAUCCACUUGCCUCACAUUUCUAGUUUAUGAAUUGACGAUCAAUACAGAUAUUCAACAGAAACUCUACGAAGAAGUGGAGCAAACCGCCAAGCAACUUGAUGGUUUCCCGCUCAAUUACGAAGUUUUGCAGAAAAUGAAGUACAUGGACAUGUGCGUCUCAGAGAGUCUUCGUUUGUGGCCACCAAUAGCAAUGGUUGAUAGGUUGUGUGUCCAAAACUAUCGAGUAGAUGAUGGACAACUUCAGUUCACUAUUGAGAAAGGUACAGGUGUAUCUAUACCGAUAUAUGGGCUUCACCGAGACUCCAGAUACUUCCCCGAUCCCGAGCGUUUCGAUCCGGAACGUUUUAGUGAUGACAAUAAGGCAGAUAUAAACAUGGGAGCCUAUGUACCGUUUGGUGUUGGCCCGAGAAAUUGCAUAGGGUCUAGAUUCGCACUGAUGGAGGUUAAGGCCAUUGUGUUCCACAUGUUACUGAAUUUCAGUUUCGAGCGAACGAAUAAAACACCAGUACCUAUGCGCUUAAUGCGUGGAACUAUUUCUGUAACUAGCGAACGAGAUGUGACGGUGGCCCUAAAAUUACGCAAGUAAUCUUUUAUAUUCAGCAAUAAAAAUUCUAGAUUUGUAGUGUACGUCGUUUUGAGUUCAGGAGGCAAAUUCUUCAAUCUGUUACCCGUAUA